AUGAAUCAUAGCACUAUAUCUGGUGCAACAUAUUAUACCACAUCUGUUGUAGAUUCAGAUUCCGGGUCACCGACAGAAAAUGGCACACUUCACUUUCAAAGUAUGACUCCAGUUACGUAUACUUCAAAUAAUGAAACUAAUUAUUAUACGACAACUCAAGCAUCUGUUUAUGGUUCUCCUGUAAUGUCAAAUGGUGACAAAAAUGAAUAUGUUGUGAUAUCAAAUAACUCAUUGCAUGGUGACAAUGGUCAUCAUAUCAAUAGUCAUUCCGUUAUUCAUUGUCAUGAUAUUAAAGAAGACGUGGAUUCGAUGGGUAUGGGAAGAUCUCAACAUUUAGAAAUGGGAGGAAAUGGGAAUGGUUACUUAGUACAACAACCAACCACAAGUCAUGGAAUGAUUCAUCAAGGUGGAUCACAAAAUGAUUUAUAUGAUUAUUUUGUUGAACAAGGAAAUUCUAAUCAUGAACUUAUAAUGCAAGGAAAUCAUUUAUCUGGUGAUAAUCACCUAGAUCUAGGAUUAUCUAAUGAAGAUUCGCUGGGAAGUAAUAGUGGUUUAUAUCAUGAUGAGUUAAAUUCAAAUACACAUCACUCUGAAAAUACAAGGAAUAGUUAUGAUAUGGAUGAUGAUAUGAAACAUGAAGAGGGAGGUGUACUAGAGGAACAGCGAGCAAAAGAAGUUGAAGAAUUAGAAGAUAUUUUACGAAAAUCUAAUGAUAUUCAGAGAGAUGUUACAAUAUCAGAUAUUAAAAAAAGCAAAACACAAAAAUCACCGAAUGUAGGUAGAAAAAAAAGGCUUUCUUUGUCUACCGUUGAAGAAAGAGCUAAAGAAAAAGGUCUUGAUCCUGAAGCAUUAAGGAUACAAAUAGUACAACAAAAUGCAAAAAAGGCAGAAGCUGCAAGAAUGAGAUAUCACAGAAUGAAUCCUGAAGAAAAAAGAAUAUACAAUCAAAGGAGAACUGAAGCUUUUAGAAGGAGGCGUAUGGAAGAGGAGAUGCUUCUUAGUACACCAGCAGGAAGAAUAUCACAAGAUGCAUUAAAAAAAGCUCAACAAAUAAUGAUGCGUAAUGCAAAAAGAGCUGAAUUGGCUAGAUUACGUUAUCAUAAAAUGACGCCAGAAGAACGAAAAGCAUAUAAUCAAAGAAGAAGUAAUGCUAAAAGAAAACGUUCAUCUUCUUUAGCCACUUCUCAGGGUGGUGCAAGUGUAAAUAGUCAAGAUUUUAGUAUAAAUAGUGAUGCUGGAAAUAAUAGUGAAGAUAAUAGUUAUAAUAUUAGAACAAAUGAACAAAAUAUUAGUAAUUCUCAAAUGGUUAAGUCUGAAAUUAAAGCAGAAAUUAAUGAACAUUCAAAUCUUAAUGAAAAUAAUUCCUGUAAUAAAAUUUCAACAGGAAGGAUUAAACAAUGCUCAUUUGAUUUUCCAGAAGGGAUUUGCAUAUUUGAAGAUACACUUCGCUCUCUAGAGGAAGAUGUUAUUCGCCGUACUCAGUUAGCAAAAGAUGCCUUAAUACGUAAAAAGGCACAAGAACCUUCUAAUAUAGGGGAAAGUAAUACUAACAAACAACAAGAUCUCAAUAUAUCAAUAGAAGAAGAAGAUGAUGAUGAACAACUUCAACAUCAACUUAUAAACCAACCCGGUUCUCAUAAUACGGUUAUGAUGCAUCAACAACCAGUACAAAUGGGUCAUAUGAGUCAAAUACCAGUACAACAAAACAUUCCAGUACAAACUGCUCAAAUAGUUACUGUUGAUGGGCAGAAUGGCCAACAAUACGCUAAUUUACCUCCUGGGGCACAAGUAAUAAUUUUAGGUCAUAAUCAGCAAUUUUUAACUACUGAUGACUUGGGUCAUGGGACAACUGUUCUUCAAGACGGAACUAAAAUAAUACCUGUUACUCCUUCCAAUCAACCUCAAACAGUUUAUAUUCAACAUUUAGAAAAUGGACAAAUUAUUCAGACAAUUGAACCUCCACCAAUGCAAGUAAUUCAAAUGACUGAUGUAAAUGGUCGUAUUAUUCAACAACCGCUUACUGUUAUGCCAAUAAGAGGACAACAACAACCUUUAGCUUUUGAACAGCAAGGUAAUAUUAUAAUUCAUCAAUCUCCCAUUUUAGACAAAAAUCACCAUGAUGUUCAGGGAGAUGGUAGAGUUAGAAAUCAUAUGUACCAAGAUAUACAAACAUCUCAUCAAAAUACGAUUCAUAUAAAUAAUAGGCAUCAAAUGCAAAUUAUUGAAAUGAAAAAUGACUGUGAAGAGGAUACAAUAUCGCCUAUUAUUGAUCAAGUAUGUGUAGAUGCUGCAAAUAAUGAUAGAAGAAGUGCAAUAACUGAUGAAAAAAGUGAAAAAUUGGCUGCACAAAGAGCCAGGAGAGCUGCUAGAGCAAGGCAGCGUUAUCAUCAAAUGUCUGAUGAAGAUAGGAAAAAAUUUAAUGCUAAAAGGGCUAUUGCUUUAAGAAAAGCAAGACAAAGAGAUGAAGAAUUAUGCCAAUUAUAUGAUGCUGCUCAACAAACAGGAGCUGUUAUAGAUGAAAAAACUAUGCAAGAAAUUUUAGAAGCUCAACGUCGAAGAUCACGAAGAGCUGAGGCAGCGAGACUAAAAUAUCAAAGGAUGACUGUGGAAGAGCGUAAAGAAUAUAAUGCUAUGAGAGAUGCACAAAGAAGGCAACGAAAACGUCGUUUAGAAGAACAACAACUAAAAAGUGGAGAUGGAAGUGGUAGCAUGGAAUUGCUAGAUAACCAGCAUCAUGAUGAUGACCAUGACUUGUCUGAUCUGCAUGAUGAUUCAAUAAUUGGAGAUGAUAAUCAUGUUAGUAAUUCAAAUGAAAUGCCAAUAGUAUAUACACAGUAUGAAGUUUAUGAUAAUCAAAUGCAAUCAAAUUGGGAUGCCUAA